AUGCUAAUAAUAGGUAUCGUUCAUUUACUGCUUAUCCAUUACGCCUUUGCUGAGACAUACAACACCUGCAAGGUUCUUCCUGUGGCAGAGGGCUACUCGAUUACGAAAUACUACGCAGAAAAGUGCGUGCACUGCCAAAGCAUUACUCCAAAGAUAAAAAAAAUAGUAAACUCAAUCGAGAGAAAAGGCAUAAACAUCACCGCAUAUAACGUAGAUACCGCCAAGUGCCACGAUGAGAUAGCUGAGAUAGAAGCCAUCCCGACGAUUAUUCUGCGCAAAGACAACAAAGAGCUCCUGAAGUUUUCCGGAGAUAUGGAGUACGAAAAAAUAGUAGAGAUGUUCACAGAGGCCACAGGGCUAAGCCACAGCAUAUUUGAGAAAGAAGUGCAUAUGCCGCAAGAGAUACUGUCCGUGACAAAGCAGGACUUCCUCUCUUCCUUUGUCGGCCCGUGGAUUGUCUAUUUUGAAAACGCAUACGACCAAGUCCUCGAAGACAUUCUUUUGGAAACCUACAAAUCUUUCCACGGAGAGAUAAAAAUAGCCAGAUACACCGGGGCAGAUAAGGAAAUAGUGGCAGGAAGGUACUACAUCUACGACUUCCCAGGACUUCUAGUCAUGUACGAUGGAAUACUGAUGAGGUACAACGGAGACAUGACGCUUGCAGCAUUCCACGAGUUCUGCAGCAGGCUGGUAGAGCCAAGCUUCAAAGACAUCACAACAGAUGAGCUGAGCAAGAUAUCCCAUCCCACCUUUGUUGUCUUCUACUCGGACAUUGUCCUGGCCAAUCGAGCAUUCAGAAGAAUAGCACACGACCUGAAAAUGAACGCGUCUACUUUCAAAAUGAAAAUAGAGUCUGAAGAGAAGGAGUCUAUCCUCCGGCUCGCAGUGUUCAAGAACGGAAACAAGUUCUACUACGAUGGAGACAUAAACAACGAAGGAGCAAUCAGAGAGUGGCUCUUCCAUGCACACUUCCCAAACAUUUCCAAACUGGGAAUGGACAACUUCUACUCAAUUUUCCACGGUCUUAAGCCUGUGGUGACCAUUGUUACAGAGGGAGGAAAUAAAGAGCUGGAAAACUUUGAAGAAAUAGCGUAUGAAAACAACAGAGGCGCUGCGUCAUCUCCCUACGUGUUCACAUUUGUUGAUAAGUCAGAAUAUCCAAAGUUCACAGAAACAAACUUUGGAGCCCUUAAGUCCGACUAUCUCAUCGUGUUCUUUAACCCAGAGCAGCAAAUGUUCUACGGAAGAAGAAGAAAGGCAAAGGAGUCGGUGCAGGCAUACUUUGACACACAGCUAAACGACUACAAAGAAGGAAAACUUCCCAAGUAUGCAAAAGAGAAUGUUGUUUCAUAUAAAAAGAUAGUUAUAGGGUGUGCCAUCGUAGCAUCAGUAGGCACUGGAUUGAAAAUGCUUCUUUCCUCUAAGAAAAAGAAAACGGUCUUAGAAUAA